AUGUCGCACGGCGCCCUGGACAUCAACGGCCUGUGCGGUCCACGCCUCACCCACGAAGGCGGCGCCACGACCGCGACCGCCGCCGCCUACUUAACACAAAGCCACAAUCCGCAAGACCAGCAGCUGUUGCUUGGCCAUCGUGAUGCCGAAAUAGGCCCCGGCAUCAUUAGCGCUCUGGGGUCCCAGCAGGAUCUCAAUGACGACGGAGCAGCAGGAGCCGCGGCCGCACAACUAUUCGCCAGCGCCGACACGCCGAGCUUCUUCCAAUCCACCAAGUUUUUCGCAUGCCUGGAUGUGGAAGAAGCUCGGGAGCUGUUUCGGGCCACUAGGAGGGUUUCGCUGUCGCCGCACGAGGUCCUCUUCCGCAGCGGCGACCCCUCUGACAGCGGCAUCUACAUCGUGCUGCACGGCACCCUGGGGGUCUUCCUGGAGGAUCCCACACACAACACGCCGCCCAUCCAUGCAAACACGCUAAGGAGCGGCGAGAGCGUGGGUGACCUGGAUGUGGUGGACGGCGCGGUUCGGACCGUGAGCUGUAUGGCACUGGAGGCUGCUCUUUCCCAAUCUCCGGCUGCAGCUGAACUCCUCCCCGUGUCCCUUUCCCAUUUCCCUGCGCCCCUUCUGUGGUCGUGGCCGCGGCUUGCUGCCGCACUGCUCCCCUUUCGGUGUCUCAACGCGGCACUCAACGCGGCACUCAACGCGGCACUCAACGCGGCACUCAACGCGGCACUCAACGCGGCACUCAACGCGGCACUCAACGCGGCACUCAACGCGGCACUCAACGCGGCACUCUUCGCGGCACUCUUCGCGGCACUCUUUGGCCUCCGUCCAUUUACCAUGGCGCCUAUCCAGUCGGGCUGCCUGCUGGUCAAUGUGCCCCGGGAGCUAUUUAUGGACUUUGUGCACUCGCACCCUCGGGCGCUGAUGCUGUACCUUCAGCAGGGUCUUGCCCGCCUGUGGCGUGUGGCCCAUUUCGUCCUGGCGGAUUUCCUGCAGCUCCAGCUUUACAGGCCCAAGCCCCCCGGUAGCGCCCUGGCGGCGGAAACGGCGGCAGCAGCAACCGUCGCCGCCUCCGCCGCGGGCUACCAGCCGCUCCGUACACCAUCCAAUCUGUUUGGACAGGAUCAGGGCACCCAGACGGAUGCCCUGCCGCCGUCGCCGCCAACAUUACCGUUGGCGGACGUUGGGCUGCAGGCGAUGGAUGAGCGAGAGCAGGUGGAGCAGGUCGCGGGGCUGGCGGAGGCGCCGCCGCCGGCGUUGAUGGAGGCGGCGGAGACGAGUGCUGCAGCAGCCGCUGCACCACUGUCCAUUGCGCGGGUGUCGGAGGCUACGGUGGUGCAGCUGGAGGCGGCCGUGGCGGCGGCGGUCACCGUACAGGCGGCGGAGGCGCUCGCUGGUGACUGCACCGGGUUCACCGGCAGUGGUGGAGGCGGUGGCGGAAGCGGAAAAAAGAAAAGCAAGCGGCGAAAAGCACAGGCGGCAGCACAGGCAGCUGCCGCUGCCGUCGCCAUCGCAAGCGCCAAUGAAAAUUCUGUGCCCCUAGGACCGCCGGAUGCCGCAGCAACAACGGUUGCACAUGGGCAGCCGCAGGAGGCUGGGCAAGGGCAGCCGCAGGAGGCGGAGCAACGGCAGCAGCAACAGCAGCAGCGAAACUCCUUGGAGGGAGAGCUGUUAUUAUGUGGUGAGGACGCUGUGUUGACGAAUGCGGCCACAGGUACGGCACCCGUGCGGCAGGACAGCAUGCUUUCCCCGACGGCGGCACUUUCCCAGGCUCCGGCGCGGCCGUACAUAUCGCCCCGUGUCACCGCCGCGGGAGCUGCAACUGGCUCCCUGGGCCCUAUUCAGUCCCCGUCCUCGGCGCCCACGUUCAAUGAGCUGUUCGCCUCGGCGGCAGCGUCGGCGCAGGCACGUGGCGCCGGCGGGCCGACCCAUGGGCCACUUCGGCCGGAGCCGCCGCCGGCGCCAAGCACAUUGGCUGCCGCUGCGGCAGCGGCAGCCUUGCUAGCCAACGUUCCACCGCCGCCGCCGCCGCUGACGCCGACGGGAGUGUGCGCCGCUGCCGGCGCGGCAGCGCAGGUCCCCAUCCCUGCUGCGCCUUUCCCUGUCGUCACUGCUGGAGCGAACAACUGUUCGCCUGUGGCAGCCAGCGGACUACCCGGGGCCGCUAGCAGCGCUGCCGCCGGUGCAACGGAGAUGGCAUCUGACCGUUUCUCGUCGUUAUCGCAACCAGAUGCCCGCCACGAUAGCGGCGGUGCCGCCGCCGCCGUCGGGGCCCGCAUCGGUAGCGGCAGCGCCGAGUGCAGUACACGCAGCAUCAGCACCAGCGACAGCACGAGUACGAUUGCGAGUAGCGCAACACUUAGCACAACACUUAGCUCUAGUACCAGGCAGCCGCUGGAGGCGGCGGCGGUGCCGCCGCCGCCGCUGCCGCCUCAGCCUACACUACCUUCUUCCUGGCCUUCUGCCGCCGCCGCCGCAAGCGCCCAGGGUCAUCGCGUCGGCGUCGGCGGCCAUGGUCUGCCGGGACAACGGUACGGCAACGGCGGUUUGUUUGGCUUUACUCCCCCGGCAAAGGAGGAGGGGUCUCGGCCGCAGGGCCCCGUGUGCCGGUGGUACCCCGGCGGCUCCCCCCACCUGCGUCGCUCCUUUGUGCUCGAUCCUCGCUCCGGAGUGGGUACCCAGCUGCCCCUCACCACGGGGGGCCUGCUGCAGGACGUGGAUUGGGCGUCGGGUUGCUUCUACUUGCUGUUGGAUGGUCACCUGCUGGCGGAGCGACCCGCGGGUCCGCCGGGGGGCCCGGAAGAUGGUCCCGGAGCCGCGGGCCCGGCAGGAUUGCCGGUGCUUGGCGGGUUGAGGGCGGGCUCGACCAAGGUGCAGGAGAGCACAUUUAUCGCGCCAGGCAGCAUGAUCAGCUGCGCCGCCUUCCUGUCCUCCACCGCGGCUCGGUGCAAGGUGGUGGCGUUGGAGCCGGCCCGGCUGGUGGCGUUCUCCUGGCAGCACUUUUUCCUUGGCAGCAGCUUCACUCGUUCACAUGGUGACUUUGCGGAGUGCUUGUACGUGGUCAUCUCGGGGCGGUUGAGGCUGCUGCAUGAAACCAUGCACCCAGUCACACACGCCCGGCAGCUGCACCUGGAGGAGGAGGUGGGUCGUGGUGAGGCGGUGGGGGCCGUGUGGGCCAUCACGGGCGGCUACCACGACACCACCGCACUGUGUGUCCGUGACUCGGAGCUGGUCCGCAUGAGCAGGUCGGCGUUCCGGGUCAUCUCGGCGGACUCGCCGCUGGCGCUAUCCAAGCUGUUCUCCAACAUUGCGCGGCGACUGGUAGCGGCAUGGGACUCCAGGGUACGAAGCGAUCGAGGAGCCAGUAGUUCGAAUGCGGCAGCGACUAGCAGCGCCGCCGCCGCAGCGGCGGCGGCCGCAGGGGUCGGAGGCGGCGUCGGCGGCGCCGCCGCGACUGCUGCCAACGGCGCAGCCCUGCGCGGCGCCGGGCUGCCGCAGCUGCCCAACCCCGCCAGGUUGGGGCUGACGCCGCUUAAAAGCGUUGGACAGCUGUCCGCCAGCAGCGGUGUCGUACGCGGUCCACGACCCUCAGGUCGUCGAGGCGAGAUCGUCACCAUUGCCAUCUUGCCCGCCGGCGUACUGCCUGAUGCCGCCGCUGCCGCCACCAUGUCGUCAGCGCUUUCGGGCUCACCCACUGACGUCGCCGCCGCGGCGGCGGCGCUGGCGGCAGGAUGCGCUGUCCCCCUUCGGUCCGGUGCUGCUGCUGGACGCCACGGUGUUGUCGUUGCAGUUUCCAACCGCCAGCGAGAGGCUGGACGUGCUGUUCUACAGGUCCAAGGUGACCAGCUGGAUGGCUGCCCAGGAGGAGGAGUACAGAUUCAUUUUGCUGGAGGGGGAUGUGGCGGCGCCGACUGCAUCCUCCUAGUCGCCCCGGAGGGCUCCACCCCUUCCCUGUCCCAACCGGAGAGCAUCUUGGUGUUCAACUCCGCAUCGCCCGCCUUUGCGCGGCCCAAGCCCCGCCGGACUGGCCUCACACCCGCGCUGUCCACCGCGCCGUCGUCGGCGCAACUGGCGGCGGCGGCGGCGGCGCCGGCAGCAGGUGCCACCGCGGCCGCCAGCACGUUGCGAUCGCCCUCGCGCUUUGCUAAUUCCAGUGGCGGCAGUAUCGCCGGACGGGAGCGUGACGGCACCGCCGCCGCCGCGGCGGCAGCCCGCCCGCCGCCGUCCCCGGUGCCCUCGCCUCCGUCGCGGUCGAGCGCGGCCAACCUGAACAUCGGGGUGCUGCCGCCGGCUGCGCCAGCGCAUUUACCUGCGCCGGUAGCGGCGGCAGCUCCGCCGCUGCCGCCGCCACCGGCGGCGGCGGCCGCCGCUGGUGGCGUUGGCGGCAGUCAGCACCCACACCACCUGUACGGCGCGGCACAGCAGCUGUACGGCGCCAGCAGUGCCGCCAUGUUGCGCCGCGUAGAGUUGGUUUUGCUGCACCCAGGUGACGGCAGUACGCCCAGCGCCACAGCGGAGUGGCUAGCGGGGCGUCCCAACCUGUCCCGCCACCACCACAUCCGACUAGGCCGACGGACCGAUAUCCAAAGGUUGGCCCGCUGGAUGGCCGGCAAGGCUGUGGGUAUCGUGUUGUCGGGUGGGGGCUCCCGGGGCCUGGCCCACCUAGGGGUGCUGACGGCGCUGGAGGACGCGGGGGUGCCGCUGGAUGCGGGCCUGGGUCGCGAGGCGCUCAACCACAGCGUACGGCACUACGCUCAGCAGCUGGGAAGUGUACGGCACUUGUUGUCGGACAUCACUUUGCCCGUACUUUCGCUGUUCAGCGGUACGGCAUUCGAUCAGGCCGUCAAGCGGGUGUUUGAGCGGGGAGCGCAGCGCCUUGAGGACUUGUGGUUGCCGUUCUUCUGCGUGACCACCAACCUGACCCGGGGGGAGGCCAGUGUGCACAUGGAGGGGACGCUGUGGAAGCUGGUCCGCGCCUCCAUGACGAUAGUGGGCUUGCUUCCUCCCGUGUGGGAGGACGGGUGCUUGCUGGUAGACGGAGGAUACAUGAACAACAUGCCGGUGGACGUGAUGCGCAGCAUGAUGGGCGUCGACUCCGUGGUCGUGGUGGAUGUCGAGGGUCGGGACGACAUGGGCUGGCGCAGCCUGACGCCGUACGAUGGCGGUCUGUCCGGCUGGCGGCUGCUGUGGGAUCGCUUGUGUCCCAUCCCCGGCUUGCGCUUCGCCGCUGCCUCGUCCGGGUCCGGCUCCGGGUCCGGUCGCGGGGCGCCUCGCUACGCCGCCCUGCUCAGCAAGCUCACUUCCAUGACCCACGUUGCCAACCUGAAGCGGGUGGCAGUGGAGCACCGAAUUGACCUGUACCUGCGGCCCCCCGGGCUGGGCGGGUUCCGGCUGAUGGACUUCCACCUAAUGGACCGGAUCGUGAAGGAUGCGUACAGGUACGCUACGUCAGCCAUUACGCAGUGGAAGCUGAGUCACCGCGUGGGGCCCUUUGGCAUUGAGGACAUUCCAAUGCAGCAGCAGCAGCAGCAGCCCACCGCCGCCUCCGCGCCGCUGGCAGUGCCGGGCCCUGUGGAAGUGGCGGCUGCAGUAGCCGGGAACGGCACUGGUGGCGGCGGCGCCUGGUUGGCCCGGGAGCAGCCGCCGCCGCCGCCGCUGUCGGUACUCCUGGCGGCGCCGGCGCCGCAGCUGGCGCUUCAGAAGAAGCAGCAGCCGGCGGCGGCAGUGCUGGCGGCCGUGACGGCAAGUGUGGGAGGGACGGUUCCAAGUGGCGGGGUGUCGUUCGUCGCCACGCCGCCCGCACUGGCACCAGCGCCGCCGCUGCCCGUUCCAGCUUCACGGCGUCUGACGCCGCCGCCGCGUCCCGCUCUCAUGCUGAGCUGUCCGCCUCCUGCGUCGAGUCCCGCCACGUCAGCAUCCAUCUCGCCGGUGGCCACCGCUGGUGCGCUGCUGCCAGCGGCGCCGCCAACAGCUGCCGCCACCGCCGGCUCUGGCGGGGCGGCGCAACAGCGUCGCUACCCAGCAGACAAUGCCAAGCCCUACACCGCCAUCCCUGCCGCCGCCGCCGCCGCCGCCACUGCAGCCGCAACUACGGCGGCACCGACAGGUGUCGUACGGUUCGCCGACAGGGUGCUCGUGAGCACUGUGGAAAGUGUCCCUGUCAGCGAUGACGAUGAACUGUCCUCGGACGACUCCAAGCCGAGCCAUCGGCGGCCGCGGUGGUCCGGCACGGGGGCCAUGGGCCGUAGCGGCAGUGCCGCCAGCAGCGCCAGCGGGGGCGGCGGCGGCGGUGCCGACGGCCAAGUCGUGGGCUCGCCACCGUCACCGCCUCCAGCACCGACGCUGCGUCCCGUCAUGUCUCGUCUGAGCCGUUCCGGCACUCGCCACUCGCUUCUGGAUCUUCAAUGA